ACAUCACAAACUUUGUAGUUUGUACAUAAUUGAGUGGUUGAAAUUGUGAUAGUAAAAUGGAAUCUAUUAUUUGACCAAAGAUACAUAAUUAAUCACAGAAAUCCUAAAGGUCAAAGUACAUUUGCAAUUACUAUUAGAAGUUGAUUAGUCACAGUUACCAGGUAACCAGAGGGUACCUUUUGGUUGGUACCUUAUCUGAAAGAUUCAAGUAUAUAUUACGAUGGUAAGAGGACCAUUUUUACAUAAUUCUGCAUUGUAAUUUCUUUAUCCCUUUUGAAAAAUGUUCACAAGAGGUAAAGUUCCAGCCAUUGGUAUUGAUCUGGGAACGACUUACUCUUGUGUUGCUGUUUGGCAACACAACCGUAUUGAGAUCAUAGCAAAUGAUCAAGGAAAUCGUACCACACCCUCAUCUGUUGCCUUCAAUGACACAGAACGUUUGGUUGGGGAUGCUGCCAAGAACCAGGCUGCCUAUAACCCCACCAACACCAUCUUCGAUGUUAAGCGGUUAAUUGGGCGAAGAGCAAGUGAUGAAAUUGUUCAGGAAGACAUCAAGUUGUGGCCUUUUAAAGUGGUGGCUGGGAGUGAGGACAAGCCAAAAAUUUUGGUCACAUAUAAGGGCGAAAAGAAAGAAUUUAUUGCUGAAGAAAUUUCUUCCAUGGUUUUAUCAAAGAUGAAAGGGGUUGCUGAUACGUUUCUUGGAUCAACCGUUGAAAAGGCGGUGAUCACCAUCCCUGCUUAUUUCAAUGAUUCGCAACGGCAAUCAACAAAGGAUGCUGCAGCUGUAGCUGGACUUGAAGUUUUGCGCCUGAUUAAUGAGCCUACAGCAGCUGCACUCGCUUAUGCUCUUGACAAGAGGGCGGGUAUAGAUGGCAAGAUGAAUGUAUUAAUUUUUGACUUGAGUGGUGGUACUUUUGAUGUUUCCAUUCUCACCAUUGAUGAAAAAGGAGUCAUCAAGGUCAAAGCCACGGGUGGUGAUACGCAUUUGGGAGGUGAGGACUUCGAUAACAGAAUGGUGAAUCAUUUCGUCCGAGAAUUCAAGAGAAAGCACAAAGAAGACAUUUGUAAGAACCUAAAAGCUUUGGGAAGGUUGAGGGUUCAUUGUGAGAGAGCAAAAAGGAUUAUUUCAACAGCUUUUGAAACAACCAUUGACAUUGACUGUUUGUUUAAUGGUAUUGAUUUUUCAGCAAAGUUUACUAGGGCUAAGUUUGAGGAGGUUAAUAUGGAUUUGUUUGCAAAAUGCAUGGAGAGUGUUAAAAGUUGUUUAUUGGAUGCGAAUAUGAGUAAAGAUAACAUUGAUGAAGUGGUUCUUGUUGGUGGAUCGACCAGGAUUCCGAAGGUACAACAAUUGCUGCAGGAGUUGUUUAAUGGAAAAAAACUUUGCCAAAGGAUCAAUCCUGAUGAGGCUGUUGCCUAUGGUGCUGGAAUUCUAGCUGCCAACAUAAGUGGCAUGGGUGAUGAAGCUGUGCAGGGUCUUGAGCUAAUUGAUGUUACUCCUCUAUCACUUGGUAUUUAUUGUAAGGGAGAUAUUAUGUCUGUAUUAAUUCCUCGAAAUUCUUCCAUACCAACCAAGAAGGAAGAAGCCUUCUAUACAUCCCAAGAUGGUCAAACUUUAGUGGAUGUGCAGGUAUAUCAAGGUGAGAGAUCCAAGUGUACUGAAAACUAUUUCUUGGGGAAACUUCGACUGUCUGGUCUUCCAUCUGCUCCUGAGGGGCAAGUUGAGAUCAACGUAUGCUUUGAGAUUGAUUCCGAUGGGAUCCUGAAUGUAUCAGCCAGAGAAAUAACCACAGGCAGGAACAAAUGUAUCAAGAUAACUAACAAUGGUAGUUUGUCUAAAGUGGAGAUUGAGAAGAUGAUUGCAGAUGCAGAACGAUAUAAAAUUGAGGAUGAAGAACAUAUGAAGAAGGCAGUAGUCCAUAGAGAUUUAGACGAAUACAUUUGUAAGUUAAGAGCCAAUAUUAAGGAAUACACCUCUCGGUUGAGGCUCAGAAAGAUGGGGCUUAGUUUAAAGGACUUGGAAGACAUAGAGAAUCAGAUUGAGGAUGCAAUUCAGUGGCUUGAUAAAAACAAUGAUGCUGACAUUGAUGUGUUGGAGAACAAGGAAACGGAGAUUGACGAUAUAUGCAGGCUUAUGAAGUUGGAUAUUACUACAUUGAAAAACUAAGGCACUAUUAAGCAUACUGCCUUUGAAGUUUCUAAUCUAUUGAUUAUAUUAUACAUGGUGACGUACCAUUAGAUCAUUUUGAAAAACUUUGAUCUAUAAUGAAGGCCGGUACUCGUUCUUCUUGUCUGUGAUAAUGAGGUAUUAAACAUUACAAUAAUUCUGAAACUUAAUUUGGCUUUUCAUGUGAUCACUAAA